GACCAUUCAGUUCAUCGAGGGUCAAGCUCGUCGUUGGAAGAGGACGUAGACAUCCCUCGCGAUCUAGAGCAGGUUACACGCGGCAGAUCAGGGCAAAGACCUCCGGGAAAGAUGUCAGGGAACUAUUCGACCCGCUGCGAGCCCGGUCUGGUAGUGCCAAUGUGGAGGCCGCAGGAGAAUCUGAAUCUAUUCGACCUGGUAUUCCGUGGAACGGUCUACUUUCUCCUGCUGUUGUACCUGUUCAUCGGCGUGUCGAUCAUCAGCGAUCGUUUCAUGGCGGCGAUCGAGGUGAUCACGUCUCAGGAGAAAGAGCUAGUGGUCCGUCGUCAGGGGAAAGAACCGCAGAUCGUGGUGGUCCGAGUCUGGAACGAGACUGUGGCGAAUUUAACCUUGAUGGCACUCGGUAGCAGCGCGCCAGAGAUCCUGCUGUCGAUCAUCGAGAUCUGGGCGAAGAAUUUCCAAGCUGGUGAACUGGGUCCUGGAACGAUCGUCGGCUCAGCCGCGUACAAUCUAUUCGUGAUCAUCGCGUUGUGCGUGUUCGUGAUACCGAAUGGUGAAACGCGAAAGAUCAAGCAUCUCAGGGUCUUCUUCGUGACCGCGACGUGGAGCAUCUUCGCGUACGUCUGGCUGUAUCUGAUCCUAGCUGUGUCCAGUCCAGGUGUCCUCGAGGUCUGGGAAGGUGUGUUGACAUUCUCCUUCUUCCCAGCCACGGUGCUCACGGCUUAUGUCGCUGAUCGACGUCUUCUGAUCUACAAGUAUCUGCACAAAGGCUACAGAAUGAACAAGAGAGGCGUGAUCGUGCAGGCGGAGGCCGGGGACUCGGACGGCGGGGUGGAGCUCGAGAUCAAGCCGCAACAGGACGGUUUUCACAACAUGAUGGACGCAGACACGCCCGAGGCAAAGGAAUUCGAACAGACCAGGCGUGAUUAUAUAAACACUUUAAGGGAACUGAGAAAGAAAUUUCCGACCCAGCCGUUGGAGCAACUGGAAGUGAUGGCCCAUGAAGAGGUGCUCGGUAAAGGACCCAAGAGCAGAGCUUUCUACAGGGUCCAGGCGACAAGGAAGAUGGUCGGGGCUGGGAACUUGAGCAAGAAGAUCAGCGAAAGAGCGCAAAGUGACCUCAGCGAGGUCAAGGCCGAGCUACAGAGACAGGAGGCAGAGAGCAUCGAUAUCGAGAACGUGAACGCGAUGAGGAUCUUCUUCGAGCCUGGACACUACACCGUUAUGGAGAACGUCGGCACGUUCGAGGUGGGAGUGACCAGAGUCGGUGGUGAUCUGACCAAACCCUGUUCGGUAGACUAUUGCACCGAGGAUGGCUCGGCCGAGGCUGGCUCCGAUUAUAUCACCGCGAAGGGGACACUGAUCUUCGAUCCAGGCGAGACCAAGAAGAUCAUCAAGCUAUCCGUUAUCGACGACGAGCUGUUCGAGGAGGACGAACACUUUUACAUCAGGCUGACCAACGCCACGCAGCCGGCGAUGCUUGUGUCACCGAGCCUGGCGACGGUGAUGAUCCUCGACGACGACCACAGCGGCGUGUUCGGGUUUCCAGAGAGGGACGUCGAUCUGGUGGAGAGCGUGGGACAGUUUCCGUUGCGAGUUGUGAGAUACAGCGGCGCCAGGGGACGCGUGACCGUCCCCUAUCGGACCGUCGAGGGAACGGCCAAGCCUGGCAAGCAGUACAUGCACACAGAGGGAACGCUCACGUUCGAGGACAAUCAGACCGAAAAGGUGAUCAAUCUGUCGAUAAUCGAGGAGGAUUCGUACGAGAAGGAUGCGCUCUUCUAUGUCGAACUCGGUGAACCGCAGCUGCAAGGAGUGGGUUACGAUUUUCUGUUCACAGCCGAGGCAGGGAUCGCAGUCGCGGCGGAAAUGAAACAGCCGGAAGACAGAACCGCCGAGGAGAAGAUGGCGUUACUAGGGAAACCGAAGCUGGGCGAGGUGGCCAGGGCGCAGAUCCGAAUCAAAGAGUCGAAAGAAUUCAAGAACACGGUGGAUAAGCUCGUACAGAGGGCUAACGCGUCUAUAUUGCUCGGCACCAGCUCCUGGAAGGAACAGUUCACGGAGGCGUUGACCGUGAGCGGCGGCGACGACGACGACGGGGAAGGCGCCGGUCAGCCAUCGGCCCCAUCCACCAUGGACUAUCUCAUGCACUCCGUCACGAUGUUCUGGAAGGUGUUGUUCGCCUUUGUUCCCCCAACGGAUAUCGCUGGCGGUUACCUGUGCUUCGUCGUCAGUAUAUUCGGGAUCGGUGUGGUAACGGCGGUAAUAGGAGACGUGGCAUCCUACUUUGGGUGCACUCUAGGAAUCAAGGAUUCUGUCACCGCUGUCGCAUUCGUUGCUCUUGGCACCAGCAUUCCUGAUACGUUUGCGAGCAAGGUGGCCGCCUGCCAGGACAAGUACGCCGACGCGAGUGUCGGGAACGUGACCGGAAGUAACGCGGUGAACGUCUUCCUGGGGAUCGGCAUCGCGUGGAGCAUCGCAGCCGUUUACCAUGCCUGUCACGGCGAAAAAUUCGAAGUGGAGCCCGGCAACCUGGCCUUUUCCGUGACGCUGUUCUGCACGGAAGCCUGUCUGGUGAUCCUGGUUCUGCUACUGAGGCGGACGAAGAGCAUCGGCGGCGAGCUGGGAGGGCCUUUUGUACCGAAGGUGGUCACAUCCUCGAUCCUCUUUUCCUUGUGGGUGUUCUAUCUGGUCAUGUCGACCCUCGAGGCCUACGGCGUCAUCGAGGGCUUCUAA